AUGGCAGAGCCAGUCAACACCCCCAUGCCUCCGGGCACUCCAAUCAGCGCGACCCCGCGCUCCGGUUCCCCCGCGCCGCCACUGCCCCCGGUUUCUGCUGCGUCUCUCUCGCUAACCAAGCCGGUCGUGCUGCACAUCGGAGACGCCGUCAAAUAUAACCCGGACACUUUUCGGCUAUUCUCGUCGCUUUUCACAGUUGUGCAGCCGUCAGCAGCUGAGCGUCAACGCCCCGAGUUCAUCCGCGCCCUUACAGAGAGGCGAUGGGGCGACUUUGCUGCUAUCUUCCGCCCGUUUUGGGGCACCGGCGGAGAGAUGGGUCAGUGGGACGAGGAACUUAUAUCCCUGCUGCCGCCGAGCGUGCGCGUCUUUGCGAGCGCCGGAGCCGGCUUUGACUGGGCAGACACAAAAUCGCUCGCUAAGCGUGGCAUCGUAUAUUGUAAUGGUGGCCUCGCUGCCGCCGAGGCCGUGGCGGAUUUCGCGGUGGCCAUGAUUAUUUCGACGUUUCGCGCGUUGCCUUACAGUAUCUCCUCGGCAAGUAGCGGCGACUCACAGCAGUUUCAAACGUGCCACGAGACGGCAACGGCCCACAGUCGGAACCUGAGAUCACAGACACUAGGCUUAGUCGGACUGGGCAACAUUGGACAGCAGAUCGCACGCCGGAUGGGGUCAGGUUUCGGAAUGAACAUACUCUACUAUGAUGUCGAACGUAAGGCGGACGAGCUGGAAGCCCGCUUCGGGGCACGAUUUUGCACCAACCUAGAGGAGCUGUGUACGGCGAGCGACUGUGUGGUUCUCUGUGCUCCUUCUGGUAGUGGUGGGCCGCUCAUCGACGAAAGGAGCUUGAGAUGGUUCAAAUCUGGAUCUCGACUUGUCAAUGUGGCACGCGGGAGCCUUAUUGAUGAGGAGGCGCUCGCAGAUGCCCUAGAGCAAGGAAAGCUCAGUAGCAUCGCUCUGGAUGUUCAUUCUGAUGAGCCCCGGAUUCACGAGAGGCUAAGGGCGUUUACGGGCGACAGGGCGUUGCUGACUUGCCAUAAUGCUGGUGGUACUAUUGAGACGCAUGUUGGCUUUGAAGAAUUGGCAAUGCGGAACAUUAUGUCAGUCUUGAGCGGGAAAGAGCCCAUCACACCGGUGAACAUACACUGGCUCAAGAUAGACUAA